AUGGAAAAGGCAAAUGAACUGAUGCAGCGCUUCGGUGAGCUCAAUAACCCCAGUCACAUCUUUCUGGCGGUGGUAAUUGCGUGGCUUGUACUGCGAUGCAUCUAUUCCAUUGGACUCGUUUUGCUCGUGGAAGUUGCUCUGGUCGUCGGUGCGGUGUCGUAUCUGAUUCGAAAGGAGGGCAAAAGAACGGCAUUCAACAUUCUUCAUGCCCACCGUCUUAUGAGGGACAAGGAGUUCAUGAAAACAGUUCUUGAAAGGGAUUUACCUGAGUGGCUCAUCAACCCCAGCGCGAACAAUGUCCAGUGGUUGAACUCCCUCAUUAACGAAAUGUGGAAACCUAUCUCCGAAGCGACAGCGACAACGGUGAAGAAUUGCCUUGAACCACUUCUUGAGACCUAUAAGCCUUCUUUUAUUUACAGCAUGAAUCUCAAACAGUGCACUAUGGGCAGCCAACCAUUCGUAAUCACCGGUAUCCAGUAUCAUCCCAGUCGGGAGAAGGAGUCGAUAUUGGAUGUUACGAUGACAUGGGACAGUGAUAUGGACAUUGUUAUUCAUUUAGAUAUGCCAGGUCCGGAUAUGAACGUCCACGUGCGUCGGUUGCAACUCAGCAUGCAAACAAGAGUUGUGCUAUUUCCAUAUGUUUCCGUGUGGCCCUGCUUCGGGAACAUGUCUGUUUCGAUUAUGAAACUAUGGAUGCUCAAUUUCGACAUUUCAGCAGGUGGAGUGGCAUUGGAUGCCGUACCAGCCGUGGGUUCCUUUCUGGACAAUUUCUUCCGGAAGACAUUGGUUGGUAUGAUGCAAUAUCCCAAAAGGUGGACCUUUCCAAUAGUACAGGGAUAUGAAAUGGACACUUCUCUUGCUGACUCUGCUAUGGGAACUCUACGCAUUCGCUUUCUGCGGGCAAACGAGUGGUACCACCGCUACGUGUCUGACCGGGCGAAGACGCCGUAUUACAUCAAACUGUUGAUGUCCGGUGAAGACCCGAAGAAGAGGCUUCUGAAAAGCAAUAUCUACAGCGGGUUGGACACGACGUUUAGUGACGUAUUUAGUUUCAUUUUGUACGACACAGAACUCACCUUGCAUUUUUGGAUGUAUUUUGAUGUGCCUGGGUACGACGUUCUAAUUGGUGAGUGUGUUGUGCCUGUGAAGUCCUUGGUGGAGAGCAAAGGCCGCGAAUACACCUGCAUGAUGUCGAAAACAUCCGGUUCAAGGACAACAGUUCGCUCGAAGCUAUUAAUCAUGCCUGAGUUUUUACCGUAUAACACCGGUGGGACAACUACAACAGGUUCCGCUCCCCAACAGGCGCCGUCGCGUGCGGUAUCGGAAUCAUUUGCGAAUAGUUUGAAGUCGACAAGCGAUGCGAUCGUACCUCCAAGCACUCGCUCGACGGUGCCGAACGAUGAUGGUGUUGAAAACCACGGGGGUGGAACGCUUUUCGUCACGGUGCAACGCUGCAGGAAUCUGAAGAACAAAGAAACUAUUGGGGUCUCCGACCCAUACGUCAAGUUACAGCUGCGCAAGCAAACACGCAAAUCCCCGUAUAUUAGUUCAACCCUCAACCCUGAUUUCAACUUUGAGGCGGCAUUGGAGGUGUACGACAUUCGCAGCGAUGUGCUGCACAUAUCCAUACUUGACAAAAAUGACCUUGUAAAGGACCGACUCAUGGGAACUUUGCGAAUCAUGCUUAGCCAGGUUGCGGCAGCCCCCGGUGAUAUUAUACGUGGUGAUAUGAAUCUCGAUCCUGAGGGGCAAAUAUCUCUUGAACUUAAGCUUCUGCGCCACUAA